CUGCCCUGGUGGCUCCGACCGUCCCGUUCCUCCUCGCCGAAGACGGAGCGGAGCAAAGAGCGUUUUAACGCCGUUCAGGGCCGCGGCGAGACUCCAUCCGUCCUCUCCCCCGCCCCCCGGUUAAUCCAAGCCUUAAGGACAAGCUAAGCACAUUCCGGUUUGCUUUCCCUCGGCGGUUUUGGCUCUGAAGGGGAGCAGGGCCGCGGCAGGAGCUGCUGCCCGUCCUGCUGGAUGCCGUGUUCCUCCGGGUUUCCGCGGGAGCCCCGGCCUGCGGCUCGGGCUGGCCCAUAGCCCUCUCCGGAGGGACGUGGGACGGGUGCCGACGUCUCCCGCGGGCUCGCCGGCGAGGGAAAGGCGCCGGCGAGGGCGGCUGGGCGGGAAGCUCGCUCCCCCCUUCGGCAGAGCCCGGGGUGAUUCGCUUAAACGCUGAUUGCGGGUUAAUCCCGGAUUACGAGACGGCAAAAGCGGCCGCGGGUUGGGCGCUGCGAGAGCCGCUCUCCGCGCUGAGCCUCUCCCCGUCCUUCUCAUUGGUUUUCUUUCCUUCCCUUCUUCCCCAGGACGCGGGCUGCGCUCCCAGGUGCGCGCUUGGCCGCCGACCGACCGACCGAGACCGGGGGAAGCUCGGCCCUCCCCGCCGCGCUGCCGGGAGGGAGGAGCCGCCGGCCCGGCCCGGCCCGUCCCGCGACGCUGCCUGAGCCCUGGUCCCGGCCGGCUGCCGCGGCGGCUCGCAGCCCCGCGCCGGUGCUCGCCUGCUCCGUAGCCCGCGUGGGACGCCGCCGCCGCCCCCUCCUCCCUCCCUCUCCGCCGGCCGGCUUCGGAGCGGCUCCGAGCGCGGCGCUCCGUGCCGGGAGCCGGUUGAGCGAGGGAUUUGCGCGCUGCCGGCGAGGAUCUGCUUCGCGGUUCGCCGGGGAGAAAGCGAGCGGCGGCCCCGGGAGAUCGCCAGCGCCGCGGGGAAGGAAGAGGAGUUUGCCCCGCGGCUGCCGCGAGGAAAUAACCGCGAGCGACGGGCCGAACGGGCUGCCGCGGAUCCAGCGGGAGACGGGGGCGUGCGGAUCGGCUCCUCCUGUUCCCGCUGCCUGAUAUUUGAUCUCCCCUCGCUCCCGCCGGGGCGGCUGGGCUGCUAACGGGCUCCGCCUGCUCCUGCCUUCGCCUCGGCGCCUCUGGGCGGCUUUAGGAGCUCCCGAGGAGGACGAGGCCGCGCGGAGAGCUUCCCGGGCCGACCCCGUGGUUCCCCGCGCUGGGAGGAGCGCGGCGGCGAGAGCGCGGCCUGCCAUGGGGGCAGCUGCUGAGUGACCACAAAAAGCGGCUUGGCCGCGGGAAGGAAAAGGCUCCUCCGGAUCAUUAGCUCGAAGACGGGGAGCCGGGGACGGACUUGCAGGAAUUCCCGCUGUGCCUUAGGAUACCUCUGGCUUCUCCGUGCCUUCCGGAAGGCCCAGGCGGGAGCCGGGAACGCGGCGGCGUGCGGCCGUCGGUGCUGCUCUGGGGAGAGGCACCUCCGCAAACCGGUCCUUCUGCUUCCUGCCGCGUUACAGCGCGGCUGUGUCACUGGAUUAGUUGCGCUCGGAGAGCCGGCGAGGCUGCCGGGGUGCUCGUCCCGCCCCAGCUUCCAGGCCGCUCGCUUGGCCUUUCCUUGGAGCUCGGCGACGGAGCCGCGUGAGCCGCCGGGCGCGAAGAGGCCGCGAAGCGCCGACUCUCGGCGGAUGAAGGCAGCGGGGCUGCCGCUCCCCGCCGUCGCUGUCCGGGCGCUUUCGGAGAGCGGGAGCCUCGGCCGCGGACGCCGCGCUGCGUUAGCUCCGCGACUCCGGAGGGAUUUUGCGCUUUCCCGCUGUCUGCAGCCUUGGGCGAUGGAAGACUGAGAGGGGAGGCGGCGCCUGAGAUGGUUACGGAGCGCGGGCUGGCGUCUCCCGCCGGCACGGCACGGCCCCGAGGAGGCACCGCGGCGUGAGGCGGCCUCGCGGCCCUUCGUCCCCCGGCCCCUCCGCGGCGGGGGGGGGGGGAUGCGCGCUGGGGGCCGGGGGCCUCGCGCAGCCGGGCUCCCUUCGCCGCCGCGCCGCCGGCAGAGCUCUGAGGCCGCCCCGGAGCCGAAGCAGCCAUGGCCGAGCACCUGGAGCUGCUGGCGGAGAUGCCGGCGGUGGGCAGGAUGGGCACGCAGGAGCGCCUGAAGCACGCCCAGAAGCGCCGGACGCAGCAGCUGAAGAAGUGGGCGCAGCUGGAGAAGGAGGCGCAGGGCAUGAGGGUCGGGGCGGAGAGGAGGAGGAAGAGCGGCGGCGGGGAGAAGCGCGUGACGUUCCCCGCCAGCGUCCAGCUGCUGGAGGCGGCCGCUCGGAACGACGCUGAGGAAGUUCGCCAGUUCCUCCAGAACGGCGUCAGCCCCAACCUGUGCAACGAGGACGGCCUCACCGCGCUGCACCAGUGCUGCAUCGACGACUACGGGGACGUCGUGAAGCUGCUGCUGGAGGCCGGCGCCGACGUCAACGCCUGCGACAGCGAGCUCUGGACGCCGCUGCACGCCGCCGCGACCUGCGGCCACCUGCACCUCGUGGAGCUGCUCAUCCGGCACGGUGCCAACCUCCUCGCCGUCAACUCGGACGGCAACAUGCCCUACGACCUGUGCGAGGACGAGGUGACGCUGGACCGCAUCGAGACGGCCAUGGCGGAGCACGGCAUCACCCAGGAGAAGAUCGAGGAGGCGCGGGCCGCCACGGAGCGCGGCAUGGUGGAGGACAUCCGGCAGCUCAUCCGGGCCGGCGCCGACCUCAACGCGCCGCUGGACCACGGUGCCACGCUGCUGCACAUUGCGUCGGCCAACGGCUACCUGGAGGCUGCCGAGCUGCUGCUGGAGCGCAAGGCCAGCAUGAGCGCCAGGGACGAGGACGGCUGGGAGCCCCUCCACGCCGCCGCGUGCUGGGGGCAGAUCCAGCUGGUGGAGCUGCUGGUGGCUCACGGGGCCGACCUCAACGGGAAGUCGGUGCUGGACGAGACGCCGCUGGACGUGUGCGGCGACGAAGAGGUCCGGGCCAAGCUGCUGGAGCUGAAGCACAAGCACGACGCCAUCAUGAAGUCGCACGAGAAGCACAAGUCGCUGCUGCAGCGCCGCACCUCCAGCGCCGGCAGUCGCGGGAAGGUGGUGCGGCGGGUGAGCGUGACGGAGCGCACCAACCUCUACCGCAAGGAGCACGAGAGGGAGGCCAUCGUCUGGCAGCGGGAGAGCGAGGGCGAGGACGAGGACCGGCAGACGGACGCCGAGCUCCGCCUGCACCUUGCCGGCCCCGAGGGAGAGGCGGCGGCUCCGGGAGAGACGCCGGAGGGCCCGGCCCAACGCAACGGCACCGCCGGCCCCAAGCACCUCUACUCCAAGAAGCCGGAGCGCGGCGCGGCCUGCCCCCCGGGCGAGCCCCCCGCCGAGCCCCCCCGCGACCGGGCCCACCACACCCUCGCCGACCUCAAGCGGCAGCGGGCGGCCGCCAAGCUGCAGCGCCCGCGCCCCGAGGAGUCCCCCUGCGGCGAGGGCCUGGCGCCCGCCGAGCCCCACGCCGAGCCCCACGCCGAGCCCCGCGCCGAGCCCCGCGCCGGCGACCCGCCGCUGCUCAAGCUGAUGGCCCCCGCCGAGGACGUGCCGCCCGAGAAGCAGCGCUGCUGCAAGGUGAUGUGAGGAGGCCCGCGGCGCGGCAGCCCUGGGGCCAGGACACCCGGCUCGCUCUUUCGCUCGGUUCUGCCCCGAAACGCGGCUCUCCCGCGGAAAUCAAAGCACCGUUUUGCACCGUC